GGAAACUGAAGCUCAUACUGUCCCUCUGCUGAUCCUCACUCUCGCUGAUAAAAGCUAUGUAACAACCUUGAUUUUAUUAAUCAUCUUUUUGAUGACAUCCGAGGACUUUAGUGACUGACUAUGAACACUGUUCAGUACAGAAAUUUAUGAAGUGAAGGUAAAAUUUAGACAGGAGAAGCCAUUAGAAAGAACAGCCGCUGUUGGAGAAAAUGGAAUAUAAAAGCUCUCUACCAGAGGAGGAUCUUUUAUGCUGUGUGUGCAAAGACAUUUUCAGGGAUCCUGUUAUUCUGUCGUGCAGCCACAGUGUGUGUAAAACCUGCUUAAAGAAGUUCUGGGAAACUAAAGGAUCUCGAGAAUGUCCAUUUUGUAGAAGAAGAUCCUCAAAAGGAGAACCUCCUGUUAGCCUUAACCUGAAAUAUGUGUGUGAGUCUUUUCUAGAGAGCAGGAGUCAGAGAUCUUCAGCAGGGUCUGAGGUGCUCUGCAUUCUGCACAAUGAGAAACUCAGACUCUUCUGUCUGGAUGAUCAGCAGCCUGUGUGUUUGGUGUGUCAGACUUCAACGACACACAAACAUCAUGCAUUCUCUCCAGUUGAUGAAGCUGUGACUGACCUUAAGAAUAAACUCAAGUCUGCUUUGGAGCCUCUACAGAAGAAUCUGAGAGUCUUAGAGGAAGCUAAACAAGACUAUGACCAAACAGCAGCUCACAUUAAGACGCAGGCCCAGCACACAGAGAGGCAGAUAAAGGAGGAGUUUGAGAAGCUUCACCAGUUUCUAAGAGAUGAAGAAGCAGCAAGGAUAGCUGCACUGAAGGAGGAAGAGGAGCAGAAGAGUCAGAUGAUGAGGAGGAAGAUUGAGGAGAUGAAUGGAGAAAUAUCAGCUCUUUCAGACACAAUCAGACACAUAGAGAAGGAAAUGGAAGCUGAGGACGUUCUGUUCUUACAGAACUUCAAGUCUACAGAGAAACAAGCUCAGCUCAAACCAAAGGAUCCAGAGAAGACAUCAGGAGCUCUGAUCAAUGUAGUGAAACACCUUUCCAACCUGAAGUUCAGAGUGUGGGAGAACAUGCAGGAUAUUCUCCAGUACGCCCCUGUUACUCUGGACCCCAACACUGCACAUCCAGACCUCCACCUGUCUGAUGAUCUCACUGCUGUAGAAAACACAUACAUGGAAUCAUCACUUCCUGAUAAUCCAGAGAGAUUUAAUAAGUUCAGGUGUGUUCUGGGUUCUGAGGGUUUUAACUCAGGGACACACUGCUGGGACGUCCAGGUUGGAGACUUAUGGUCACUGGGUGUGAUACCAGAGUCUGAAACAAGAAAGGGAAACUGUGUCUGGGGUUCGGUGUGGAUGUUGUGUAAUAGUCAUGAUAAAUACUGGAUACAGUGUCCAGGACAGCGAGAUCACUCCCUCACUCCUAAAGAGAAGCUGCAGAGGGUCAGAGUGCAGCUGGACUGGGACAGGGGGAAAGUGACCUUCACUGAUCUUCUAACAAACAAACACCUGCACACUAUAACACACACUUUCACUGAGAGAGUUUUACCUUUUUUCUGUAAUAAGGAUGUUGUUCCUCUGAGGAUCUUACUAAAGAAAACGUCAGUAACCAUUAAAUGAUUAUCAAUAGCUGUGAACAAAUCAUUAGUUAAUCAUAAUUUAAAAAUGUACAAAUGUUUAUAAAAGACAGUUUUGGUACUUGUUAAUGUGUAUAUUCAUAUUUAUACAUGCUGUGCAUUUACAAUGUUUCUUUCACCAAUAAUGAGUUACACAACUUCAGUACAUGUAUGGAAAUAGUCAGAGUGAAUUAUUGAAAUGCAUGACUUUUUCAUAACGAUAUAAGCAUUACGUUUUAUCCUGUGUAUUUAUAUGAUGACAAAAUGUCAUUUGACUAACUAAUAACUCAUGUAUAGUUAUAACUUCUGCUAACAGAUGUGUAAAAUAUAAGUUCUUUAGAAACAAUAAACAAUACUUUUUAACUUA